UGGCAUGAUCUUGAUGUCGGUUCAUCAGAGCUCUUUAACGCCCUUAUUGAAAUUCCAAAAGGAUGUAAAAUCAAGUAUCAAUAUGAUACCAAGUACGGUCUCUUGAAGGUUAGCCACAUUCUUAGCAGCUCUUUGCUUUAUCCAGCAAAUUAUGGUUUCAUUCCACAAACCUUGGGUGAAGAUAAUGAUCCAAUUGACGUUUUGGUUUUGAUGCAAGCCCCUUGCCAUCCAAUGAGUAUUCUUCGUUGCCACCCUAUUGGUGUUAUGCCAUUGAUUGACAAUGGUGAACUCGAAUAUAAGAUUAUUGCUGUUCACGCUGAUGACCCAGAAUACAGAGGAAUUAACGAAUUGACCGAUCUUAGACCACACAUUUUGAACGAAAUUAAGAUUUUCUAUGAAGAUUAUAAGAAAUUGAAUAAGGAUAGUGUUUCUGUUGUUGUGAAGGAUAUGUUACCAAGGGUUGAUGCUUUGAAGAUUCUUGAAGAAGGUAUUGAACGUUAUAAGGAUUACGUUAGACAACAAAAGAAGUCAUUGACUUGUACAAGAUAUGGUUCUUAUCAAAACUUGUUCAGAGGUGGUGCUGAUUUGAGCAGUUUUGUUGAUGAAGAUGAUGAAUAA